AAAAUGAAAUCCUUUCAUUUCUCUUUCGGCAAGUUUGCAGCUGGAGGUAAGGGGUAAUGUCUUCGCGCGAUAAGAAACCCUCCAAGUCCUCCAGCGGCACCGGCCGGAUCGGCGGCAUCAGAACUCUCUCCGAUUUGAAUCGACCGUCAGGCCAUGACUCGGAUAGCGACUCCGAUGGCCCCCAAGAGUACUACACUGGUGGUGAAAAAAGUGGAAUGUUAGUGCAAGAUCCUUCAAAACGUAAUGAUGUGGAUUCAAUAUUUGAUCAAGCCAGGCAGCUAGGAGCAACACAAGGUCCUCUGGAAAAUCUCCGCCCUUCUUCAAGCUCAACACGAUUCACUGGGAUUGGGAGAACACUAACUGGGGAGGCAGCUCCACCUACUCCCCCUCAACCACCUGAGUCAGUUGUGCACAAUAUCGUGUUUUGGAGGAAUGGUUUUACUGUAAAUGGUGGUCCCUUGAGGAGGUUGGAUGAUCCUGCAAAUGCUCCUCUUAUAGAGAGCAUUAAAAAAUCUGAGUGUCCUAAAGAACUGGAGCCUGCAGAUAGGAGGACCGUCGUCAAUCUUAGUCUCACGAGGAGGGAGGAGAACUGUCCUGAAGCAGAGUCACACAACAGUGCACCAUUUCAGGGUGUAGGAAGAACUCUGGGCAGCAGCUCCAGCCCAGCAAGCAGUGAGCCAACUGCCCUUAACGCUGCUCCAUCUCCUUCAAUGGGCUUAGUAGUCGACGAAUCAUUGCCCUCAACUACAGUUCAAAUAAGGUUGGCUGAUGGGACCCGCAUGGUUGCCCACUUCAAUAACCACCAUACUGUUGGUGACAUACGCGCCUUCAUCGACGCAUCCAGGCCAGGCGGAAGCCGGGCUGCUUAUCAGUUGCACACUGGUUUUCCACCCAAAGUCUUGAGUGACACCACCCAAACCAUAGACGAAGCUGGACUGUCCAACUCUGUGAUCAUACAGAAGUAAAUCUUCAACUCUCUGUCCAACUCUGUUUUAUAUUAUGCCUGCAUCUAUAUUUACAAAAUUAAGUGUAAAAAUUAUUCUGACAAGUUGAGUUUGGUAUGGAUGUUCUUUGUGAAUCAAGCCAUUCUUUGGGCUUGGAUAUGUGGUGGAUUGUUUUUGCUUUAUAAAUUAAAAUUAAAGGCUGGGCUUGGCUGGGCUGCUAAUGAAUAUGGUGCCGGGCGGCCUCUCGACAUUAAUAUAGUAAAAUCACAGCCCAUUA